AUGGGCGCAGCGAAGGACGGUAACGGUCCUUCGUCUGCAAACCCCUUCGCCCCGUACCAGCAGCCGCACCGAACGACGACGACACGCACCUCGCAGAGUCACGGGAGCUACGAGGUCGGCGAGGCUAGCACCACCUCGACUUUCCUAGACGCCGCCUCCGCAAGUUCAAUGGCCUUGGCCACCUCGUCCGCCCUCAUGGACGCCGGCGAGUCCAGCCCGAGUCGGUAUGCGCCGGAUCAGGGGACGAGAGAUCUCAACCAUGAAAUGCAAAAACGACGCCGAUCGUACAAGACGCGAUCGAGUGGCGGCUUUCUCCUCGCUAAUACCAUGCUCGACGAGGCCCCGAAGACCUCCCCCACGAGUCGGGAUGACGGUCGUAGGCGGUCGCGCAUACCGGUGGACAGUCGCAAAGGAAAAUCUCCCUUGAAUAUGGCGGACGGGACGGAUGCGAGGGCUUUCUCGCCAACCGGUCUAGGUAUAGACUCGCCAAGCGUUAGGAGGUCGAGCGACGGCCAACCCAGACGGCUGAGCCCCGUCCCCGAUGAUGAGAGACGACAUAGCCCGAGCGGACGUGCCUCGAGGAUACCGACGCUACGGCCUAGCACAGCGCCCCUCGACGCCGACUCCACUCAGAUCGUGAAUAUGGCCCUCAACCUCAGCGAAUCGAGACGCCUCGCGGCUCGGAGAAACGUGUCGAGUCCUAUGCCCCCCCGGCUCGCCCAGAUUCCCGAUACGCUGGGGGGGACUGGUCUGAAGCAGCACUUGCAUCAACAGAGGAGAACUUCUCGCACAGUUUCUCCAAAUCCCGACCGGGCCCUCACGCCUAGACCCUUGUCUAGUCCUAGGGUGGCAAGCCCAUUGAAGGGCGCGUUUGAUCACGACGGCACCUAUACCUAUCACUUUUCAUCUUCGACCCUGAAUCGGGCACAGAAGGCGAAGGAAUACCUCGAGUUGAUGGCGCAAUAUAGGCGUCUAUUACAGUUUGUACCGCCGCUGAGACAAGAUAUGCGUUCCCGGCCCUCGAGUUCCAAUCACUCGAUGUCUCCAACGGCCCCGAAGCCUCCUUUGAACCCUCUCACCGGCUCGCCACAUGUCCCUUUGGGCCGGCCUUAUAACCCGCUUCAGUACAUCCGAAAUCGAAAGGUUCGGGCACGGGAACGUAAGGCCAUCGACGGGGAAGCGCAGGGUUUCUCGGAUAUCUCGAAAGUGACGGAUUGGAUUGACGAAACGACAAGAUCCUCCACCACGUCUACCUUAUUGUCGGGGGUUCCUACGCUGCCUUCGUUCCCGGGCGCUCACGAGAAUCCCGAACAAGACCUGCCCCCUUCCAACAUACCCCGGCCUAUCUCGAUUGUGGGUAAACCGAAGCGACUAAGAGUUGACUGGAGUAUUGACCCUGCAGACAUGCUUGCGGAUACGUAUUGGCUGGAGCAGGGAGACAAUAAAUAUCUUAUCGAGGACCGUGAUUAUUCGAAGAUAUUUCCCCGAAAACCAGAGGCGAACGAGCCCGCUGGGCCUGCGGUUCCCGUUCUCUCCCCUAGAGGAAGCGAAGUUGGCGAUGCUGCCAUUGCUGUAGAAACCGAUAUCUUGAGCCCGACCCGAGUAGAGACUGAAUCGUCUCUUACUAGCGCACGGGAACGUGCUCGCCAAAAGCUUCAGGACUUGAGGGGAAUACACCACCGGCAGCAUAGCCAUGCACAUGGCCAUCACCACGACCUGCUUCGAUUUAGGAAAGGUUCGCUGUCGGAUACGUCGGAUAGCGAGAGCGACCGGAAGAGACGAAACCGCACUGAUACUAUCACUGCCAAUGGCACAGACCUACUGGUGAAGCAGAUAAAUGAUAUGUUGGCAAAAGAAGCUAGUGAGGAGCAGAAAGAGAACUUGGUCGAGGCUGAUGGAGGAUACCUCAAGCAGCUACCGUCGAGGAUGGCGACACCGGAGAAGUCCACUCAAGCAUCGGAGAUGAUGCAUAGUCGCAGGGGCUCGCGAGCUGAGGACCAAGAAAAGGUCAACCGUGGAAGAGCAUCGCCUAUUCUCUCUCCGCUUGGGUCCGGGCGUGCUAGCUUGGAAGUUCCUGGUCAGAAUUUUCGGUUUUCGAUGGACCUUGACUCAUCUCGACCUGUGUCGCCGGAUCCAAAGUCACCGCGAGUCCAGAACGGCCAAGUGUCGACAGUGGGCAUGGACCACUCGCCGCCUCAGAGCCGGCCUGGGUCUCCUAGCCGGAAGCCCUUCUCAAGAGUCAAGAAAAUCUUCCGCGAUCGUAGCCGGGAACGCGCUGCCGAUCAUGUACCUAUCGAGAAAGAUAUCAAGGUGGAGACUCCCGCUGGGACGCCCGAGCCGCUCAGCCUCUCUUCGCUGGCGGUAACAAGACUUCAAUCGCCGGAUCAGCGGAGGUCCAAGAGCCUGACGCGCAAGGUCGCCCCGAAAUCUAAUGAAGCUCCCAAGGGGCAUCGGACCAUAGCUAGCGUCAACCUGAGAGGAGACGAGCUCGGCUUGCGGAGAAUUUUCAAAGGCGGCGCCAAGAUAGAUGGCGUGAUACGGGGUGGUGUGUCUAAGGUCACUGAUCUCAUUUGGAAGAAGGACUCGGACGGCGACACCGAUUCGUCAUCGAGCGGGGACUCGGAUGCCGAGGGGAGAAGGGGUAGGAGCAAGGUGGCCGCCGCCUUGUCUCGCGAUAGCUCUAAGCGCCGGCGUCAUCUGGAGGCCCCGUCCCCAUCCAAGACCACAGCAGGAUCUCAGGACACGACAACCUCACAGGAGACGGAGCUUCCCGUUCUGCAUAGUCCUACGUCGCGGCCUAGUAGGUCGCCUCGUUUUGAGCGGUUGAAGCCCCCUCGCAUCGAUAUCCGCAAAGCUUCGCCCUCGGAUUUCGACCGCGCGAAAAUCCGGUUGUCCGGCGAGUUCGAUGUUUCCGAUACAGAACGGCGCGACCGCGACUCGGACACCCAGGCCGAGAGACCACAAGAUCCUCUACAAGAUACGGGUGAUGUCGGCCCUAUCCCACCAUCAUCCCGAGCUCUACAGACUCGGCCUCGGCAUGCGUCCAUGGCUCUUUCGCACCGGGAUCGUCAGUGGUCGGUCUCGAACCAGAGCCCCUCGUCGCAUGGCGCGCAGAUCUCGAGACAUGAAGCUGCUCGUCUCCGUGCGCUCGUGCUCUGCACCGGCAUCAAGGCGAUGGAGAUCUCACGGCGCGCGCACGAACCACGGCCGCUCUUCGCGCUCGAUAGCUCGGACGUAGGGUUGCCGUGGGCGGACUUCAGCCUCUUCGCGGCCGCGGAUGGACGGUUCAACGUCAGCGUACCGCAGACGGAACUGUUCCCGACCUCGUCGCAGCUCCUGUCGGACAUCAUCGAACGGUCGAUCGCGACCUCGGAGGCGACGGUGACGCGGUUCUCGCUCGAGACAGGCCCGAGCCUGCAGCGGCGGGUGGAGCUUCUGCAGGAUCGGGUCGGAGGUGACCUCGCGGACAUGACGCGCCGGGCGGCGGACGAGGCGGACGAGGUGAGCCGCGACCUGAUGGACUCGCAGCGGCUGCAGGUGAAGCGCGUGGCCGACACCAUGGAUAAGAUGCUGCGGCGGCGACGGCGGCGGUUCCGCUGGGCGCGGCGGGCCGGCUGGCUCGCGGUCGAGUGGGUCCUGGUCGGGUUCAUGUGGUACGUCUGGUUCGUCGUGACGGUCGCGCGGGUGUUCCUCGGCGUCGGGAAGGGCAUCGUCAGCGCGGUCAAGUGGCUGCUGUGGCUGUGA